GCGGCGAGGCUGCCUGUGUGUGUGAAUGCUCAUGUAGGCAGAGGGAUACAUUUUGAAAUAAAGCAGUGUUUGUGGACAGGUUCAAGGUCAGAAACAAAGUUAGGUGGUCGGGAAUCGGCUUUUUGCUCCUGUCACUGUACCGGGGGGAAAUGUAACGUUGAGGAAGAAGAGGAGGAGGAGGGGGGGAUUAUUUCUUUAAACCAGGUUCUGUUCACCGCUGGGCUCAGCUGCUUUUUUAUCCCCCCGUCAACGGCGAAUACCGCAAGACCCGGGCUGUAUGUAUCCACAGCCAGUCAGCUCCGCUCUCUACAAUGGAGUUCCUUUUUAACGGUAGCUACAAUGCGUUUCACCUACCAGAUAGGGGGAGUUCAAGCUGAAGGGAAUAUGCUGAUCUGAUGCCCGGGGAUCGGCAUCAAUGCAAACGUUUACUUUUAGCAGGCAGCGACUGAGAGAGAGAGAGAGAGAAGAGAGAGAGAGAGAGAGAGAGGGGCACAGAGGAAAAAAAAGACAAGUAAUAAAGCAGCGUUUUUCAUUUGAAAGUCGGGGUGCGCGGCAGGGAGCAGUUGUAAGGGACAGGAUCGAGGAGUGGACAGUAUUUAACAGGUCCGAAGCCACUUUUCAACACCCACGUCAUCCGAAAAGAAUAUGAUCCGGUGAAAUCAUAUGGACAUGCCUCAUUAUUCAAUGAACACUAUCUCUCACAACGCGGCGUUUACGCGCAGGAGUUAGCCGGCGCUUCGCCAAAUUCAAAAGGCUCUGGUUGUCCCACCUUCUGCGGAGCUGUCGGCGCUCUUCCUUGACAUCCGGCGUUCGUUGGAGAAAGCGGCAGUCACGCAGGGCUCCCUGAUCAGUGGCGACCAGACGCGGAGCUGAGGCUGACGCUGGCUUAACGGGGCUAAGCGCGCUGUCACACUGUCUAAGACACUACCCACCCACUGUCUGAGGUGACUCAGGGCUUCAACACAAGAGGAAGUGAAGGAGGUGGCCAUUCCAGUAAGCAGUAGUCAGUCAGGAGUGACAGCGAGAGGCCAGUUGAUCCUGACAGACAGGUUGGACUCCAGUAUGCAGCUGGUGUGUUAAGGAUGGAGGACUCUAGUUUGUGUCUUGGUGUGUCAUCAGCGGUGCCUGAUGCUGAUGCCCAUCUGAGCAGUGCAGUCUUGAAUGGCCGCUACCCCAUAAGUCAAAAGCUUCACCAGCUAACUGCCCAGCUAGGACACGCCUUUCCCGACCUACACCGCCCACAACAGAUCCCUGAAGAGAAAGCAGCCACGCCUUUAGACGAGAAGACCCAUCACGCAGCCCUGGCUAGUCAACCUAUCAGCAGUCAGAUGGCCUUGCUCGCCAAUCAGCUCAACCGAGACAUUGACGCGGGGGCGCUAAGUGGGCUAAACGGACGAGUUGACCUGCAGCAGUUUCUCAAUGGCCAGAACUUGGGCAUCAUGUCCCAGAUGAAUGAUAUUGAAGAUGACGCCCGCAAGAAUAGGAAGUAUCCCUGUCCAUUAUGUGGCAAGCGCUUCCGUUUCAACAGCAUCUUGUCGCUGCACAUGCGCACACACACAGGAGAGAAGCCCUUCAAGUGCCCCUACUGUGACCACCGAGCUGCUCAAAAGGGCAACUUGAAGAUCCACCUCCGCACCCAUAAACUGGGUAAUCUCGGUAAGGGCCGCGGCCGUGUCCGAGAGGAGAACAGGCUGCUGCAUGAGCUGGAGGAGAGGGCCAUCCUGAGGGACAAGCAGAUGAGAGGGAGCGGCAGUCUCCUCCAGACAGCUCAAACACCCCAUCUGGGUCUCAAUAACAGCUCUAACACCCAGCAGCAGCAGCUAGGCUCAGCUUGUGGCCUCCUUCCUCCCUCUGGCCUCGCCACUCCAGACACAGUUUCCCAGCCUUCUUCUUCACCCAAGCCAGCUGGCACCCAGGAUGAACAGUCCCUGAACCCAACUACAGGCUUCCGCUGUACCUUCUGCAAAGGGAAGUUCAAGAAGCGAGAGGAGCUGGACCGCCACAUUCGCAUUCUCCACAAGCCCUACAAAUGUACUCUGUGUGAGUUUGCUGCCUCCCACGAAGAGGAGCUGAUAAGUCACGUUGAAAAGGCCCACAUCACAGCCGAGACCACGCAGGGCCAGGGUGGCGGUGGUUCUGGUGGCAUGCAGAUGGCCACCGAGUUCCGCUGCGAUGUGUGCGGACAGGUGUUCAGCCAAGCUUGGUUCCUGAAGGGUCACAUGCGCAAGCACAAGGACUCCUUUGAACACUGUUGCCAAAUCUGUGGCCGUCGUUUCAAGGAACCCUGGUUCCUGAAGAACCAUAUGAAGGUACAUCUCAACAAGCUGGCCAUCAAGAGCAAGCCUCCCCAGCCCAGUGAGCAGGACAUUGCUGCCGUCAAUAGCAUGAGCAAUCUGGCUCAAGAAGCCCAUGCUAACCUUUACUCACGCUACAUCUCCUGUCUUCAGGGAGGCUUCCUUUCUCCAGACAAACAGGGCCUGAGUGAGCAGCACCAGAUGUUGGCUAAAGCGGGGAUAGCCAUGAAGGAAAAAGAGAUGUUAGGGAAGCUGCUGGGGCCAAUGGCAGGAGGUAUGGGCCAUGGGCUGGGUGAAAACGAGAAGCGCUCACUCCUGGGUUGUCUAAACCUUGUGCCACCACUCAAGUCGAGCUGCAUGGAGCGCCUCCAGGCAGCUGCGAAAGUGGCAGAGAUGGAUUCCCUCAGUAGCUACCAAGCCUGGCAGAUAAUGGCUCGUGGCAUGGCUAUGGACAGGGCCUUCAUGCCUAAGGAGCAGCAGCAGCAGCAGCAGCACCAGCACCACAUACCCCCAGGGCAAGAAGAUGAUAUGGGUGGUGCUGGGGCCUUGGCUACUUUCUCAAAGGAUAAACAAGACUACUCCUUGAUUUCUUCCAAUGAUAGCUCCAAGCAGAAGCAGCUCUCAGAGGCCUUGCAGGGAUCCAAGGCCUCUAGUGGAGCCAUGAUGUCCAUGAAGGAGGAUGGAAGAGGCUUUGACAGUCAUCGUGACUUAAUGUCUCACCAUGGUAGUUCUGAGGCUCCUGGAGCCCUGGCUGGCUUGGGAAGCCCAAACAUUGACUACAGCCUCUCCAGCCUCUCCGGUCUAAAGGAGAAGCCUUCAGAGUGCCCUGACUGUGGCCGGAUCUUCAGAACCUACCAUCAGAUGGUUGUCCACUCCCGUAUCCAUGGCAAAGACAGGAGAGGCAUCGAGGAAGUGCUCCAGCAACAGGGUCUGGAUGAACGUCGUGGGUCAGCCAGUGACCCCGAGUCCCAGUCCAUUAGCCGCUCGACCACUCCCGGUUCAUCCAAUGUGACAGAAGAGAGCGGAGCUGGAGGAGGACACUCCCAGACCGGAAGUGUCCAGGAUGACAGCCCACAUCCCUCCUCACCAUCUUCAGAUGUUGGGGAGGACUUGGGAAAGGCAGCGGGGAGCAUUCAGCCGCCUCUGUCCCAGCAUCGCGAGCGGAGCAUGGGCUCAUCCUCCAAGGAUUGCCCCUACUGUGGCAAGUCCUUCCGCACCUCUCAUCAUCUCAAAGUUCAUCUGCGGAUACAUACAGGAGAGAAACCCUACCGGUGCCCUCAUUGUGACUAUGCCGGCACCCAGUCUGCCAGUUUGAAGUACCACCUGGAGCGCCACCACCGCGAGCGUCAAAAUGGCUCCACCACCUCAGGCCCAUCCUCUGGCCACACCGCUUCCUCUGACCACAAAGAGGAUCAUGGGAAGACAGCCAGUGGCGGCGGUAUCUUUGCCCGACCAGAUGUCCUCCGUAAUGUUUUCAAGGGAAUGCCUCCCAACCUGGACUUCAGGGCAGGUCCACUGCUGCCACAUCAGUGGGCGUCGGCCGGCAUCAUGUCGCCGCAUGACCGAGAUCGUGAGCGCGGAGACCGCCGUUUUGACUCCGCCUCCUCAGCCGAGAACAUGAAAACAGCCGAUGGCCCUUCCUCCCAUGUCCCAACCGCGACAGAAGGUCCCGCUAGCUUCUCCGACCUAAGCAGGGCUUACCAAAGCAUGAUGGGAAACGGAGUCCACUUUCAAGGUUCUCUUCAGGCCUUCAUGGACAACUUCGUCCUCAGCUCCAUGAAGAAAGACAUGAAGGACAACCAGAGUCCAGUCCAACUCCAGGCCCAGCUCUACCACGACAACGGUGAGCCCAAAGCCAAGCGGGCCAUCUCGGUUGACCAGGACAGAGAGGAGAAGGCUGAAGCCAAACCCAAUUCAGAGCCUGGAAAACCUGGGUCCCAGUACGAACCACUUGACCUGUCUGUGUCGGUCCGGCCUGAGUCUGCAUCCGGAUCUCUUCCCGGCUCCUCCGUCACUAUCCACGAUAACGUGGCGUGGCACGGCUGCCUCUUCUGCUCCUUCUCCACCUCCUCAUUGGAGCUCAUGGCUCUGCACCUCCAGGCCAACCACCUGGGUAAGGCCCAGCUACAGCGGUCUGAUACAGGCAAGGAGCUUCAUGGAGAGACCUCUCCGACCACCUCCACCAUCCACUCCUCCAACACCAAGACCUCCAGUGUGGCCCUUGACAAAGAUGGAGACAGGGAUGGAGAGAAAGGCCAGGGAGGCUGGAACAACCACAUGGACCAGCCCUACAAUCCCUUCCAGAGUGACUUCUACAGACGGUUUGGUGGCUUGUAUGAUGGAUCACCGAGGGCCAACCAGGGCCUUCAGGGGUAUAUCGCCCCAGCAGAGCAGGGUCUUGACCUACCUAGCCAGGCCUUUGGAGGAGGAGCUUCAGCCGGGGAAGACCAGAUUGGUGAAAGGGGCUCCCGUGGUGAUGCUGAAGAGGACCAGGCAGGAUCAGAUGACGAGGUUGUAAAGGCUGGGGUGCACAGCGCCAAUGAGACCCCCUCAACCACCCCCAAGAGACAGCAGCAACAGAAUCACUCUGAUGAAGAGGAAGAGGAGGGAGGAGUGGCUGAAGAGGAGGAGGACAGAGAUGAGGAUGGGCAAAUGGACAUGGAGAGAGAGGAAGACGGAAGUCCAGCUUCAGACCACCUCCAGAACCACCCCAAACACCUCCAAGAUGACUCCUCCUUGCCCCCAAGGAGUGGCGCCGGUUUGGUAGCAUCUUCCUCUACCAUGGCACCACUGUCUCUGGUUCCCCAAGCCCAGAACCAAGCUCUGCCGCUGGAGAAGCAGUGGCAGCAGGGCCUGGGCCUCCUGUCUCCCGGAGGUCCUCCAGGACUGUUGAAGGCCGAGCAGCAGACCCACCUAGAGCAGCAGAUGAACAUGCUGUCUGUCCUCAGAGCCUACAGCAACGACAACAUCCCCGCAUUCAACGGCCUGGGAGGCGGCACAGGAGGAGCACCCACGGGGGGCAUGAAGAGGCCAGAUGCACCUGUGCAUCUGUGGGUGGGAGAGGAGGACCAGCCCAUGACCCAUGACCCCGCGCUGACCCACGACCCCAACCAUCUUAACAACGACCUUAACCACCCUAACAACCAUAACCUAGGCGAACCUGAGGGGCUGGAUGCCCAAGCUGUAAACAAAGACUAAUGGCCCCCCCAGACCGGAGCAAGGCAGGAUGAUGAGGAUGAGGAUGAGGAUGAUGAUGAUGAUGAAGGCGAUGAUGAUGAUGAGGAGGAGGAGGAUGAUGAUGAUGAAGGAUAAAUGAAGGAAUACACUAUAACAAAGACUUUAUUUAAGAAGAAAAAAAAAAAAAACACAUACUACCGUCAGAGUCAAGAGAAGGCGAGAACUAUAUGAAGGAAAGUUUGGGGACGGAUUUAAGUGAUGGACCUAAUGGCUUUUGCAAGCGUUCUGGACACUAAACAAAGUGACGGCAAAUUUUCCUGUUUUGUCUCCUGUGGUCUGAAUGCCCCAUGUCUUUGUUGUCUUAUCUCUUAUACAAUGUUUUGGUUUUUUUUUUCUUUUGAUGAAACUACCUGUCUGAUUAGCAGUUCUUGUUCCUGGCCCCACAAUUUCUGAUACAUUCCUUGAGCUAGAAAGGUAUGUCUUCUUUUUUUUUUUUCUUUUUGUUUUCUUUUUUUUUUUUAGUUAGUUAGGACUGAAGUGUUGUGCUUAAUCAAAUGCUUUCAAAGACUUUUCUCUCCUGUUAAGUCCACGGACCACCAUUAUAUUGUACUGGAAUGUAUUCUACUGUAGAAUAGAAACUCAACUUUACCCGGACUGUUGACAGAGACCAAGCACAUUUCCUGUCAGACCAGCCACUUUUGGCUCUCCUAUCAGCUGUCAUAGAGUCACUAUUUAUGUCCCAUAGCCAUGCAUCACACAGGGCACCACAUGACAAUCUACAAUACAAGUUUGUUUCCAGAAAUUAUAUGGUAUUGCUGGAAGAAAAAAAAAAAAAAAAUACCCAUAGCUGACUUUUGAUGAUGGUGGUGCUAAUGAUAAUUGUGAAGAGGACAGAAUAUUCAGACUGCCCUUAAAUGUACUUAAUAAUACUAAAUCCCCUCUCCAUAACCAGGCCAGUACAGGCCUUCACCCUGCCAUACGGCUUCCUUUGUCUAUUUUUCUUGUUCUGUAUCAUCCAUCACAGCGGCCAUAGAUGCUUAAUGUACAUAGAGAGAUAUACAGUAGUUUAAAAAAAGUGAAAACAAAAGUUUUAAAACAUUUGUGACAAGGAAAAGCAAAGAAGUGACAGUAGUUUGCACAGCCACGUUCUCAAAAAAGGUUGGCAUUCUUUUAGAGUUUGACAGAGAAGAAUUAAAAAAAAAAAAAAAACACACAACAAUCUCAAAAACAAAAAAAAAAAGGGGGAACUGUUUCUUUAUCACCCUCCACCCCUUUCACUUCAUCUCUCAUGUCAACCUCAAGGACUCUAGUGUUGCAGAUGUUUGUAAAAUACUGCCACCGAUCAUUGUUGCACAGUGUUAAUGACUACUGAAAAUGGUUUGAUGUAUUUACUUUAAGAUGAGAAAAAAAAAAGAACAAAAAACUGGGAAAAAAGACAUAUUGUGUAUAGCCUUAGAUACAAGUCAUCUGUUAUUGCUUCUACAAAAAGCUAUGUAGCUGUGCUAGAGUGUAGGAUGUAGGGUUGAUUUUAUUUUUAAUUUUAUAUGUACUGUACAUUAAUGCCUUCUCCAUUUACUGAUCAAAAAAAAAACUAAAAAAAAAAAAAAAAAGAGGAAAAAGAUGACAAUCGUCUCCUGUGCUGCAAACAUAUUUGCCCCCCAUAUACUGUAUUCAGAGUCCAUUAUGAAUAGAGGGACUUUUAUCCUUUCUUCAUUUCUUUCAUUUGUUUUGGUUCUCAGAAGUAUUUGGCACUGUGAUAGUAUUAUAAACCCAACCUAUACAGUAUAAAACUAGCUAACUAACUAAACUGAAGGUGUGUGUUUGUGUGUCCCUUGGCUUUGUGAAAUGUUUCUACGUCAUUUUUUGUGAACCCAGAGAAAAAUUCUAAGUCAGUAUAUACAGUCCAAAUAUAAUACUACCUUUUUUUUUUUUUUAAGUUUGAUCAACC